AUGGUCCCAAUUGACCAUGUUUCUGAUGAUGAACACAACAAAACAGGAAUUGUGUUUUCUAGCCCUGCUUCUGCCGAAGACUCGGGAGAAAUCGUUUUGGAGAGAGAGAAAAGUGUGGUAACUCUGAAAGAACUCUUGGAAGGAUGCAUUAGAGACACUGACAAUUCUCAUCAACCACCUCAAUUGGCUGGUAGUAAUCCAAGCUCAAGGACGCGGUUUCACUGGAGAAAGUUUUUUAAACCAUGCAAAAAUAUAAUUGGAAGAGGUGGCUAUGCUCAUGUUUACAAGGGUAGGCUCCAAGAUGGGCAACUGAUAGCAGUCAAGCAACUGGAUAGAGGGACUGUAGAAGACAGGAUAUCAAAUCUUCUAUCUGAACUAGGCAUUCUUGCUCAUGUUGACCAUCCCAAUACUGCCAUGCUUAUUGGAUUUGGAGUAGAGGGGGGAAUGCAUCUUGUCUUCCAAUUAUCUCCAUUAGGAAAUUUAGGAUCUCUUCUUCAUGCAGAUGGCCUCCUCUAUCUUCAUGAGAUUUGUCAGAGGCGAAUCAUUCAUCGAGAUCUUAAAUCAGAAAAUAUUCUACUCACAGAGAAUUAUGAGCCACAGAUUUGUGAUUUUGGGCUCUCAAAGUGGCUACCAGAACCGUGUACUCAGCAUAAAGUAACAAAAUUUGAAGGCACAAUUGGGUAUUGUGCUCCGGAGUACUUGAUGCAUGGCAUAGUAAACGAGAAGACUGAUAUUUAUUCCUUUGGGGUCUUACUUUUGGAGAUUAUAUCUGGGCGUCAUGCUUUGGAUCAUUUGCGAGAAAGUAUUGUGCUAUGGGCAAAGCCUUUAUAUAUAGCUAAUAAUACUAAGGACCUUGUUGAUCCUUCUCUGGGUGAUGAUUAUGAUCGAGAAGAAAUGGAACGUGUUGUUUUGACUGCAUCUAUAUGUGUUGAGCAGUUUCCUAUUUUACGCCCCAGCAUGAGUCAGAUUGCAGUACUGCUACGAGGUGAUGACUUUGUAUUGGAACAUACUGAGAGGAGUAAAAAGAUGCUCAACAAUACGACUGAAGAAGCUAUUUAA